UAUCCAUAGUAGUUGAAGAUCUGCCAAAUGCGCAGUGCGUUUACAGUUUCUGCACUCAUGAACAGCGCCCACUAAAAAGGACUAGAAGUGAAUGACCGACUUAUUACUCUAGCUUUGUGCAUGUCAACAAAGUCGCGCGUUUAGUCUGGAAUACCAGUUUUACAAACACGUGGCUCUCGCGUAGAACUCAGUAUAAUAUUUAAGAACCGAUCGCAAAACAGGAUGCGAGACCGAACCAAAGAGUUGGGGAUUCAAGGUGCUGAGUCCUCAGAUGAGGAUGAAGAGCACAGAGCACUAAUGAUCAAACCAGGAUCUGCUGAGAAAGAAGAAAAGGAGAAUGAGGCUUUCUUUAAGAAGGUGCAAGAGGUUCGGGAAGGACUUGAGGCUCUGAAGAAGAAGGUUUCAGAACUGGAGACAAAACAGAAGACCAUUUUGGGAGUUGCAUUGCCUGAAGACAGUAUGAAAAAGGAGCUUCAGUUGCUCAGGGAUGAAAUCAAAACAAAAGCUGGUCACAUCCACAAGAACAUCAAGAGCCUUGAACCUAAAAAAACUGAAGAAGAUGGAAAAUAUGUCCCAGUCAGUCAAAGAAUGCAGAAGACACAGCAUGUCAUCUUGUCACGGGACUUUGUUGAGCUGAUGGGUUACUGCAAUAAUCUUCAGGCUCAAUACAGAGACCGGAAUGUGGAGCGAAUAGAACGACAAAUUAAAAUAACCUGCACACAAGUGACACAAGAACAACUUGAGUCUAUGAUAGAGACCGGACAGACUGACGUUUUCACGCAGAAUAUUCUGAACGAUGCUCACGCCACCAAGCAGGCCCUAAACGAGAUUGAGACGCGGCGGGAUGAAAUCAUGAAGUUGGAAAAGAGUAUCAAGGACCUUCAUGAACUCUUUCAGUAUCUCUACAUGGAGGUGGAGGCACAGGGAGAGAUGGUGGACCGCAUCGAGAACAACAUUCUCAACUCCACAAACUACAUUGAGAAGGCAGUUACUGACACAGAGAAAGCUGUAGUCUCCCAGAAGAAAGCACGCAAGAAGAAACUCUGGAUUGCACUGUGCCUUUUUAUACUCUUGAUAGUCAUAGCCAUCAUCAUUGCUGUUAGUUUCACCUGAGAUUACAUUCCUCAAUUGCACUGUCCAUCCCUUGGAAUAAGAGGAGACCUUGUCUUACUGAUAUCAUGGACCCUUUCUACUAACAGUUUUUCAUUCAGACAGACCUGAACACAGGCUUCUCUUUUUAGUUUUGAAGUUUCAUGUCAUCAUUUUUAACCUUGGAUAGUCACAAUGUCCUUCCACCCAGCAACCAUGAAAAACAAUACACUGCGAUUAACUGAACCAGAUGAAGGUGAUGUCUCUGGUUAACAGAUUUCACUGCGAUUAACUGAACCAGAUGAAGGUGAUGUCUCUGGUUAACAGAUUUCACUGCAUUUCACAAUUGCGAGGGACACAUUGCUCUGAAACCCGUGGACUUUCAUCAAGGGGGACUAUUGGAGAGAGAAAAAAUCCCAAGAACCUUGAUUUUGUGUACUCAGGAAAAUCCACAGAAAUGAAAAUUCUUUAACGCAGUUGUUUUUUGUCAUACAGAGUUGCCCAAUGAAAUACUGUGAGAAUGUUCAACUGGCCGUCAGUUUUAAUCUUGACCUUACACUAACACGAAACGUGAUCUCUGACUUUUUUUUUUGUUUUUUUUUUGAGGGUGUUGAGUGGAAGGAGAACUGCACAAAUCCAGCUGGGUCAUCCCUGUACAUAUGUUGUGAAAAGAUGUUACUUUGAGAUUCACCUGCUGACAUAUAUAUACACCCCUUUAGUUGUAUUUUUCAUUCAUGACCAAUGAAAUUGGCUCUAAAAAGCACUCUACCAAUAAGUGUUUUUAGUGACUUCCCACCUCUCCAACCUUUGUCCAAUCUAUGGGCCUAAAUGUUUUUGUUUGUUUGUUUGUUUUAUAUGAGGCAAUGAAAUGUUUCAAAAAAAAGCUUUCAGAACUUGAGUAUUAAGCCUUACUAAACAACGUUUGAGGAGAGGCUCAAGAAGAAGAAUGGUGCUCCCCUCUUGUUUUAGCUCAAAUCUCUGUCUCUUGAAGGACAGAUGUCAUGUUCGCCUGUAUGCACUGUGUAGCCUGGUGCCUCGCCCUAGUGCCUUUCCUCAAGCUUGGCUCCUUUGCGCUGUCCACCUCGGGUGUACUAUGAAGCGACGUUAUUUGCUUAUACAGGUAACUCCUGGAGUCCCCACUGAUCUCUGAAAUAACACUGCACUGAGCGUCUACCGUUUCAAAUCUAACGUGUUGUGUUUAGAUCAGCAAAUACUCCUGUAAUUAUCUGGAUGAGCCGAAUAACCUCGCUUCAUAGUGCAGCCUACUGCUUCCCAGUUGUUAUCCAAUUCUGAAUCAACCUUUAGCUGCUUUUCUGUGACACAUCGCAAAGGUUAAAGGAACAGGAUAGGCUUGAGUUAUUUGUCAUUGUUGACACCUCGUUAUGCCAUGUACUGUCUGAAAUAAAGGCUUGAGAAUAAGGGACCAGAGGUUUAAAUGCAGUUGGUCAUCUGUGGGAAAACCCGGUCCUCAGGUGGUCAGACUUUGGAUAUGUGGGUAGGAUGUUAGGCCAGGAGAACACAUUCAUUUUAUUCAACUGUCAGGUUUUAUGCCAAACUUUCAGCCUUCCAACUCAUUUACUUUUAAUGUAGAUUUGUUGGGUUUAUGUGAAAUAAAGAUUUUAUUGUAUACACUGA